AUGGCGUCCAUUACGUCUGUGCUGGCAGGCCUUCCGUCCAUGGGGUUUGGCAUCGGGCUGUCGCCUCAAGUCGGCAUCGCCCUCGCUCUCACUCUCGUGGGCAGCCUGAGCACGGCUCUUGGCGGUGCUCUUGUGGUGCUGCAAGCCGUACCCGAUAUCAAGCGCCUUGGGCUCCUGCAGACCUUUGCCGCCGGGCUCAUGCUGAGCCUCACCUUCUUUGGUCUCGUGCAAAGCUGUUCUGCAUUCCCUUCCCUUCCCCUCCAUCUCCCCCCAACCAUAAACCCACCCACCCCCUCCGUCCGUCUGUCGAUGCAGGGCUUUGCCAGCGGGCUCAUGCUGAGCCUCACCUUCUUCGAUCUCGUGCCAGAAGCCAUUGACACCAUCGGCUUUCCUGCUGCCAACCUAUGGGUACGUCCUCUGCUUGCUGGUUUGCCAAGAGCUGGCUCGGCGGAGCACCCGAACCUGGUCCGAGGCUCAGGCUCGGACAGCGAGAGAGACAGUCGUGUGGAGCAUUGGCUUAGUGGGAUCAAAAGCAGCGAGUGGGAUAGCCGUGAUGGUGUGGGGAGUGGGAAUACUGAUGGUGCUCACGUGGGUGAGGGCGGAGGGAGAGGGGUGGAAGGGGAGGGGGGGGAUAGACGGAGAUUAAAGGGUGGGACGGUUGCAAGAGGAGCAAGGGAUGGGAAUAGGGAGAAGAUGAUAUUUGAUAGCUUUCAAAUACCUCGUGGAGAGAAUAUGGAGCAGGGAAAGGGAGUGUGGAGUAGGGGGGAGAGGGAGCAGCGAGAGAGGGGGUUGGCAGGGAGGGAGGAUCGAGAUGGGGGGGUUGCGGAAAGGGAGGUGGGGGAGCGGGAGAUGCAGAGGCGGCGGCAAGCAGUGCUGUGGAGUGGAGUGAUCACAGCCUUGGGAAUCAGCCUGCACAACUUCCCAGAAGGCAUCGCUGUGUUUCUUGGCUCCAUGAAGGGUCUGCGGGUGGGAAUCAGCCUGGCAGUGGCCAUCGCGCUACACAACAUCCCAGAGGGCCUAGCAGUCGCCCUCCCUAUCUACUUCGGCACGCGCAGCCGCUGGGCCGCCUUCCGAGCCGCGGCUCUUUCGGGGGCUGCAGAGCCCCUGGGGGUCAUCUUCGUGGCUCUCUUCUUCCCGGCCUCGCUCGCCCCGGAUAUUAUUGAAGGGCUGCUUGCUGGCGUGGGUGGCAUCAUGGCGUUCCUAGUGCUGCACGAGAUGCUGCCUCUCGCCUUUGAGUACGCGGGCCAUCGCAGGGCAGUGCAGGCCAUGUUCCUGGGCAUGGCGGUCAUGUCCGCCAACCUGCACCUCCUCGCACUCUCUCUCCCGCCAGACAUUUCGCUGUGA